CCAAAUAGAAUCGUUUCAGUUGGUAUUCAGAGCUGUUUGAGAAUUGUUGUGCAGAUCGGUCAACGCUCAAACGAGAAGCGUAUAACAAGUUCGUACAAAAACACAAAAAAAAAAACAAAAAGCACAAACCUAACAAAAAUAAUUCGAUAUAUGUAUGAAUAUUCGCAGACUGAAGAAAGGCGGUGUAUGUAUGUACAAGUAUUUAUGUAGAUAUAUAUAAGAAAGAAGAAUUGUGCACGUACGUUUGUAUGUAUGUAUGUAUGCAUAUACUCUUUAAAUAUAUGUACAUGCGAGUAAAGCGACGGUAGAAGGCGCUGAAUGAAACAAAGUAUUCAUUCGUAAGAUGUGCAAAAAGCGAUAUAGACAGACAGACGGGUUGAAAAAAACAAAAAUUACAAUAAGAGCAAAGAAAGCGAUCUUGCAGAUGCGGCAAUCGGGUUUGAGAACUGUUGCAAAUUUUCUAUCUUUUGCUUGAAUUAAAGUUCGCUCGCACUUGUUUAUACCGGUAUUUCGGUUCGAAUGCAAAAGGAAGGAGUAAAAACCAAAUUAAAGAAAAAUCGAAUGCAAACGAAUAAUGCGGAUAUUUCAACUGAAAAGCACAAAAUAUUAAUACACACUGUCGCAUAAAGUAGAGCGCAGCGCAGUUGAACGGACGUGCACGACCAGGCGAAAGGUGUUGAAAAUAUUUGACUUUUAAAUGCAAAUUCCUUUCAAAGACUAACUAAAAUAAUUAACAUUGAAAAGUGAUUGUUGCUAAUUACUUUUAGCUACACGAUAAAGCACACAUACACACACACACAUGUAGGAGGCGAAUUUCAACGCUAAGCAAUCACUACUUUCACGUGCUUGAUGCGUACAUUAAAAUACUGGCGAUAAGUGUUUACAUGCCAAAAGGUCACGUGCUUUCGAGCCAUUAAUUCAAGCAUUUAAACAUAAAGCGAGGCACCCGCUAAUGCCAGUCGGCGAGUUAAUUUCUAAUUACGUGACUUUCGCAUAAUUUUCGUAGGUCGCUUACUUUCGAUUUCAACCCAACUACUAACAACACAAAGAGACAACGGUUGUGGUGGCGAUUUUCAACUCUCAUUACCCCUAAAAUUGCUGAAGCCAGAGAGCAGAAAGGGGAAAUUGCGCAUAGAAGUGCAAGUAAAGUGUGUGAAGGUACGAAGUGUGAACAAAAACAGAGUGCAAUCAACAUAAGCAUAACAACAACUACAACAAACGAGGGAGCCGGCGACUGUAGUGUAAUGGUGAAACCGCUGUUGGAUUACUUUUAUCAAUACGUUUUUGAUUGGCUGGACUAUUGGCGAUUUCAGUGUAGCUGCAGUGGCAAUUGCAGUCGUAAUAGCAAUAACAACUACAGCAACAAGUACGAUUUGCGGCGAUAUAGCACAGCAAGGCAAGCGACUGCAACAAGGCGCCUGCACCACCUCAUAGGCGAGCGUAGUUAAGUGUGGGUGAUGCACAGCAGGCAACAGCGGAACGGCAAAUUCUGUACGCAUAUUUGAAUGCACAGCAAAUAAAAUUAAUUAAGAAGAAGCAAUAAGAGCAACACAAACAACACAAACAACAGCGAGAGCCGAAGUGGAAAAGGGGAAAUUGAAGCAAAAUAAAUAGAAAAGAAUAUCAGCAAGCAGCCGCACGCAAUAAAAAAAAAUAAAAGAAAUAAAUACAAAAAUAUAAAUUUAGAAAAGAAAAAUAAGGCGAAUAGAUGCUUGAGUACUUGUGAAAACAGGCACAUUCCUGAUAAGCGAAUAGCGUAGCAAAGGUAGCAAAAUAAAAAAUAAAAAUACGUAAAAACCAGUAGUAAAACUAAUAAACAGCUAAAGCUUAACACACACGAGUGCAUGCGAGAAAAAGUAGAACAACUGCACGCGAGUAGGAAAAAUUGCUGAAAAAAGUGUCAAACGCGAGUGUGUCGCAGUAGCAGAAAAAACAAAAAAAAAUUGCAUUUCAUUUACAUUUCGCUGCCAGCAAAUAGUAGAGGCAGCAGCAGCAGCUGAUACACAUUUCGCGGCAAGAUCAUCAACAUUUGCACUCAUUUUUCGCGCCUAGCACAAGCGCCAAGGGGAGCAUUAACCUGCAAGCGACGAGUGGGAGAAAACACCGCCAAAGCAGUAUAAAGAAAGUAAAAAUAUUUUUUUAAAUAACUACGCGCACGCCAAAAAUCUGAGCAUUUCUAGAACACUUCAAGCGAAAACUUUCUAAAUUCCUCUUUGCGUUUCUACUCACGCAAAUAAUCGACGACACCAAACGAUCUCAAAAGCCUACAACGAAGCACACACUGACCUAGCUCAACGCUUACUGUAGUGUGUAGCAAUUCAAAACAACAACAACAACAGCAACUAGUGUGUUAAGAAUAGUGCAGCUUUUUUGUAAAGAAAAACAGAAGAAAAUUUUCUAAAAUUAAGAAAUUUUGUGAUUCUGGCAAAAGUGGAACUUCAUUAAAACUAAAAGAAAUAUUUUUUCGAGUUAAACGUCCUCAAUUCAUAUAAAUAGAUAGAAACAAAGAUUUUUUUUUAAUUCAUAAUUAAAAGUAAUAUUGCAAAUUUAUCGAUUUCGUCGUAAAGAGAAAAUUCAUUGAAAUCAGCGUUCAACAGCGUCGCUUGUGAGUUCCCGCAUAGUUUACUCAUUCAGCAUAAACCAGAAAGCAGUACUUCCGAAGGAUAUCAAAAAUGGCACUGCACGCUCACAGCAUCAACACGGUGCGUUCCACCACCAGCCUGAGCAAUAUGAUCAAUAGCAACAGCAACGACCUUGCCAAUGGCAGCAAUGAUCGCCGCCAUAUUGUUGAUAUAUUAGUGGGUGUUGUUGCUGUACCGGUGCUUAUACUUUUCGCGUUGCAGCUGGAGAAGAAUCUACAGAAUAUGAAUAAUAGCCCAUGGCUGGUGUUUGUUCUGGGCGUAGGCCUGCUGAUGGUCAUCAUGAUCAUCAUCGGCUAUGUGACACAUCGCUUGAGUGUCUGCUGUUGGACGGGACCCAUCGAUGAGCUGGGCAAUCGAACGGAUGGGCGAGGAUUAUCGCAUAUCAACACCCAAAACGAUAUAUUGCGCAUUGUAGACACCCUGCCGCCCAGCUAUGAUACGGUUGUGAAGCAUGAAAUUCCGCCGCCACCCUAUGACUGUGUCAUUGUCAAUAUGGAACAGUGCAAGGAACAGCAAAUAUCACCGAAUGCGCCCACAGCUGCCACCACGAGCAACUCCUCCGCGGACACCAAUGUUAAAGAGGCACCAGCAACGCACGGGGCGGCACUGCAUAUUUGACUUUGCAACUUCGGGAAAGCCAAGCUGUUGGCGCGUAGAACAGCUUGUAAUUAGCUUUACGGAGAGAGAAACUAAAGAGAUCGACGACUUUGCAGCAAAACAAAGAAGAAAAAAAAACAAAAGCAAAACAAGAAAAAAAAAUUAAAAUAAUAAUACAAAAAUGUAUGAAUUAGCAGCUGAUUGCUUUGUGGUAGUCUGUCCCUAAGCACAAGUACUGCCAGCCAGUUUUUAAUAGCUACUUUAAGCUCGACGAAGACAUCGAUAGAAUAACUAAACUAUUUUCUUUUUCUUUCAAUAGAAUUAUAGAGUUUCAUUGAAAAGAAAAACGUUUAAGGAUUCAACUCAAAAUUUUUGAAUUAUUCGCUUUUCACUAACGUUUCCCUAACUAUGGCUGUUGAUUUCGUUAAAUCGGAUCUUUCUACACAUUGUUGCUUUUUUUUUUGUUGUCAACUAGGCAACAUUUUCUCACAAAAAAUAUUUGUCGCGGCUGCGAUUAUCUCAGUAAAUACUUUCGAGUCAAGUGCCUCUUUUUACGGGCAAAUAAAUAAAAUUUUCGUACUGCUGAGCUGCAUUCAACUUAAGUGGCACUUGUGUGUGUGUAUGUGUGAGAGAAAUCUUUCGAGAGAGAAUUUAGGGUAUCCGAGCCCUUAAUGCGUAUUUAAAUUGUACUUUAAGCAAAAGCUAAGCGCUACAUAUUGUAUGCAAAAUAUAUUUUUAAGCAAAUACCUAUUUACAGUAUAUUAAAUCUAAGUUUUAUACGUAACGACUUUUUAUAGGUGAACGCAAGCAAACUGGAUGUCAUUAAUACAUUUUAUAACUUUUUGCCUAAAAAUUGCUUUAAUGUUAUCCCAUUUGAAGUUAUUUUAAAUUUGAAAAAAAAAAAACGAAAAUCAGAACGUAUGAAAUCCUAGGCUAAGCUCAUUGCAAUCCAUUGUAAAUAUUCCUGAACACCAUCUAGUCGGAGGUACUACUUAUUUAUCUUUAAAUCAUUUCGUAGUUUUUAAAGAUGUAUACGGAAUAGUAAAACGAAAUGCAUUAUUUUUGCGUGACCAUGAAGGCUUUAUUUAGCGUAGUGAGAAUGGUACGAUUGUACUAUUCUUUUUCGGCAACUUGUUGCCACUCUCACCCUCUCAGGACGAGGGCUGUCCUUAUAGGCGAAGAACUGAGGCAAUAGAUUUUCAAUAGAAUAGCGAUAACGCGGCUAAAGAACCACAAAGACAUGAGAGCCGACGGACUGCCGGCUGAGCUAUUCAAACACGGCACUAAGGUUCAUGCCUCGGCUCCUAUACAAAAUAAUGUCGGAUGAAUCAGUCCAAUCUACAAGACAAGGGUAAUAAGCUCCGGCUCUGAAAGUUCGAUGUAGUACCAACUGCUGGUAGCAGAGAAAGAGGAAGCCCUCCUCUACGUUGUAAAGAUCUGGUGCAGAAGAACUUGGUUUCACUUGGUGUGUCCAACUGGCGCCGCUUAGCACAAGAAAGUCCCAUUAUGCUUCUCUCAUAGGAACCCUCGCCUCUAUAGACAAGCAACCAAGGCAAUAUAUUUUCACAAACUUCUCUGGAGACGACUGUUGCACGAACAAAAUCACUUACCAGAAGCAGUAACAGGGGUUCAUCACUGUAAGGCGGAUGCAUAAGAGCCUACCAACCGAACUCUUCGCGCUUUUGGCGUUAUCCUAAACUUAUCUGCCUAUCUUGUCGCUGCCUGAAGACAACCUCAUUGUGCCUCUCUCAUAGAAAACCUCGCUCCUAAUGACAAACAACCAAGGCAGUCGAUUUUCACAAUCUAUUGCUCUAUAACUUGUGGCUGCCUUGAAAAUAAUCCCAUUAUGUCCCUCCCAACCGAACUACCGAACUCUUCGCGCUUCUGGCGUUAUCCUCAACUUAUCUCCUUAACUUGUGGCUGCCUUGAAGGUAGUCCCAUUAUGCUUCUCUCAUAGGAAGCCUCGUCCUUGUAGGCAAAGAACUGAGACAAUAAAUAGAUGUUCAAUACUUCCCUUGAGAUGAAUUUUCCAGGAACAAAAUCACUUACCAUAGACAGUAACAGAUGUUCAUCGUGGUAAGGUGGAUCCAUAAGAGCCUUCCAACCGAACUCUUUGCGCUUCUGGCGUUAUCCUCAACUUAUCUCCUUAACUUGUCACUGCCUUGAAGGUAGUCCCAUUAUGCUUCUCUCAUAGGUAUACUCGCCCCUAUUGCAAGGCAGUCGAUUUUCAGAAGUUAUUGUUCUAUAACUGGUUGCUGCCUUGAAGGUAAUCUCAUUAUGCCUACCUUAUAGAAACCCUCUUCCCUAUAGACAAACAACUGAGACAGUCGAUUUUCACAAACUUCUCUUGAGACGAAUGUUCACUUACCAUAGACUGUAACAGCUGUUCAACGCUGUAAGGUGGAUUAACUCUACGCACUCCCACUUUAUCCUUAUGGAACACAAUUUCCCUCCCAUUACUCAAAACUGGCCACUCCUGAGCGAUUACCUUCUUUUAGAUAGUCCAAUUCAGGGUAAGCACUUCUCACCCGAGGCUUUGUUUUGAUUAGAAUUUUACGUGGUGGGUCCCAAACCCGGCGCACAACCAAAUAUCCUGAGUUGCUUCGUCUUCUCACAUAAGCUCGCUCUCAAACGGAUGCUCGGAAGCUAACCAGGGGAUACUUGGGCGGAGCCCAGAAGUUGUGAUCUGCUUGGACUUUAUGCAGAAGUAUCGUCCUGGCCACUCGCAAGUGAAUGGCAAUCAGGGUGGGGUAGGUGGGUGGAAUGGUUGCCCAGGAAUGAGCACACUUGAACGAAGAUAAGCGUAUUCGUCCUUUGUGAUACCAUUAUGAAGGAGGUGAGGUGAAAGAGAAAAACCGAUGGGAUGCAAGGAGAGGGCGGGGAGAGGUGGUGGUGGGAUGGUUAGGUGGGUGGGUUUAGAGUGUGUGGAUAAUGAACGAUGACUGUGCUGCGUUUGACGGCGGUUGACGCUUUGAACUGCUGAUGAAAUUCAGAGGCUUUCCUCACUUGCGUCAACUUCUACACACGGAACCAUCCUCCAAGCAAACUAAGUAUCUCCUGUCAUCAAACAAAAAGGCGGCACACUCGCGUAUAGGCAUCCAGAUCACUGUUGAAAGUUAUAAUUUUGAGGUUGUAAGAGACUUUGUUUAUCUAGGAACCAGCAUUAACAUCGAUAAUAAAGACAGCUUGGAAAUCCAACGAAGGAUCAGUCUUGCCAACGAGUGCUACUUUGGACUAAGUAGGCAAUUGAGUAGUAAAGUCCUCUCUCGACGAAUAAAACUAACUCUUUAUACAUAAGUUUCUCAUCAUGCUCGCCCAAACGAAAAAGUGCUUACAUGUCGAUCGGACUCGAUGUUUAUUAUUUUUCGAUUUUUCGGAAGACAAGUUUUCUUCCAGAGGCAAAAUUAUUGAUGAAAUCGAUGAAACGAUGAAAUCGCGCAAUUGUUACAGCAUCAGUCGUGUAAGCACUAUUCACAGCCGUCCGGCUAGCAUUUCCGUCUUGGCAUAUUUUCUCUUUGCUGGUGUCCAUCUGUGAAGCGCGCUCCGAUAGUACAGAGUCGAGCAAUCACAAAACUUUCUCAGAAAUUUUGAAAUUUUUUAGUCCGAAAUCUUUUCUGCCUAACGCCAUCUCUCUCUCCGUCAUCCGUUCCCACUUACACAACAACGCUGGAUACAGUUUAUAAAAGCCAAAUUGAGAGAAUAAUCUCAUUUUUUCAUAUAUUGCGAAAAUAAUGCAUUUCUCUUUACUGCUCAUCUGUAUGUAGUUGUAUAUUAAUAUGUAACGGUAUUUAGGUGUAUGCAAACGAAAAACAGCAUUUAAAAUGUAAAUUUACUUUAUACUUUAUACAAAUUACAUUUAUGUAUGUAAAUAUGUAACAUAUUUACUAGUGUAAAAAUAUUUGUAUCGAAAAAUUCUGAUAUAAAAUACGA